GAACGACAUUACAACACUAGCGUUUAUUGGAAUCAUAUGUUCAUUUCCGCGAUGUGAUUGACCGAACUUAAUAUACGAAAAACAAAACUUUAUAAGUUUGCUCAUCGGCAAUCGGUAUUUUUUAUUUUCAUCGAUUCCUAAUUAAUUCUUUGACUUUUACAGGUCCGCAAAACAAGUGCACGAAUGACUGCCAUAAAGGAGUAUCCUUUUGAUCUGAGCGAUCUCCAGAAUCAAAAUAAGGAAGAGGAGAAACGAAAGACGUCGCAACUGUCAGCGGCGCCAGAUCCCGUAGCUGUCCGUUCACCCACACCAGACGGCAAAAGAAAAGUCUCCAUCAUGGCUGACGAGUCCAGUAAGGAUAGAGAGAAUCUACCUUCCGAAAACAGGAAUGGCCGUAUUUCACAGCAAGCGGAAGGUCCAUCGCGACGCAAGAGCAACCUACACAAUGCCAUGGCAGCGGAAAUGGAUAAUUCAUGGGACCGACCAACGCACAUCGAAGGUAGAUACAAGAAAUACUCAACCACUUCAUCCAUAUACUCGAAAAAAGCAUUUUCUCAGCAAAGCGAACACGUUGAAAGAUCCUGGUGGUACGCCUGCUGCGCUAAGUGCCAUCAAGAAGAAUCCGGAAUUCCAUCUUGGGAGCCACGUCACUGGCAGAAAAUAUGCCCUUAUCCGCUAUGUCCUUCAUAUCGGCAAUUUGCGCAGACUCUAUCAAUUUUUAUCAUAGGUAUUCUGGUGUGGAUGCUAGUAUGGAUAAUCAUGGGAGAUACAGUAGCCCCGGGUGGGCAGCUGUUCACUCUUGCCGCUUUGACAAUCGCAGCACAUUUCGGAGGGUGGUUAAUGGUGAAGGUCACCACUCUGCCUCAAUUGAUAGGAAUGUUAAUAGUAGGGCUAGUACUCAAGAACAUAGGCUUCGUAAAUUUUGACGAACACUACAUGAAAGUCUGCUCUUAUAUCAGAAAAAUCGCUUUAACUAUCAUCUUAACACGAGCUGGUCUGGAUCUGGACCCGCAUGCCAUGAGAAAAUUCUUCUUGACUGUCAUAAAGCUCGCCUUGGUACCUUGGACAUUCGAGUGCGUUCUCUGCGCUGUUUUAGCUCAUUUCUUUUUAGGCUUACCUUGGGAUUGGGCUUUCCUUCUGGGCUCAAUAAUAGCCGCCGUAUCACCAGCAGUAAUCGUGCCAUGCCUGUUCCGGUUGCGUGGAAAAGGCUAUGGUGUCUCCAAGGGCAUUCCCACUUUGGUACUCGCAGUCUCCGGAAUCGACGAUGCUGCUAGUGUCGCCGUAUUCGGAAUUGUUUCCUCUAUUAUGUUUUCAACAUCAUCGCUCACAAUGAAUUUAAUCCAGGGGCCACUCAGUAUUGUCGUGGGCAUAGCGGUUGGUGUUCUAUGUGGUUAUCUUCUAAAGUUCGUACCGGAACGAAACGACGCAUUUCUGGUACCACUUCGAGUAUUGUUGCUGCUCACCGGAGGCUUGUUCUUUGUGCUUGGUUCCGAAGAAGUUGGCUGGGGUGGUGCUGGUCCAUUAGCAGUUAUCGCAUUUGCUUUCGUGGCGUGUAAGAACUGGGCUGAACUCGGCUGGGAGUUGGAGGAUAAUCCUGUAGCGACAGCUUUCGAGAUAUUCUGGAUGUUCUUCGAGCCAAUGCUGUUCUCAGUCACGGGAGCUCAAAUUGUUAUAGCGGAGCUGCCACUUAGGUUAGUACUGAUUGGGAGUGGGAUUUUAGUGGCUUGUGCAAUACUCCGUACCAUAGUAACAAGCGUGAGCGCAGUACGCAGCAAUCUCAACACCAAGGAGAAGAUAUUUGUUGGCCUCGCUUGGAUGGCUAAAGCUACUGUACAGGCUGCUUUAGGACCAGUGGCCAUAGACGAGGUCGGCAAGAUGACCGGCAUAGACGCCACAACACUGGAAAUGCUUAGAGGUUACGCAGAGAUUGUGUCGACGGUGUGCAUCAUGUCUAUUGUUAUAACAGCUCCGAUCGGUGCCAUUAUCAUCACGAUUACUGGACCACGGCUGCUAUCUAAGACAACGAAACCGCCUGUACUCGAAGGCUGGCGCCGUUCUCAUCGGCCAUCAAUCCGUGACAUAUCAAUCAUCGACGAAGAAGAGACUACGGAACGGGACGCGGAAGCUAGCCACCAGUCACCGCCUGCGUCGCCCGUGCCCUCACAUCCACCGACCGCCUUCAGCACCCCCACUCCCAUUACUGUGCAACCCAACAAACUUACUUGAUUACAAAAACAUCCUCUGCGAUCGUCAGAUCUUAUUCUUCCGCUCAAUGCCCACUAUACAUUUUCGAUUACAACUAAUCGCUUCUGGGGGCCUCCCAACCAUAGUCAUGGAAAUGAGAUGUUCAUUUUAUUUUUUGACAGUCGCUUACAAAGAGCAUCACUGUCAAAAAUAAUUAGCUUCAAGCAGCGAAAAUCAUCAGAUGAUCAU